AUGACAGAGAAGAAAAGUGCUGGUAAAAUUCCCUCAAUACUCGCUCUCCUCUUCGUCACGCUUCACGUGUCAGCGUUCGUAGCCGUCACAGUUCUGCAAUAUCGUCAUGUGCUUGAAUUGGAGCGUAACUUGUCCGUGAGACAGGCGGACAUUUCUGACCUGACGGAUUCGUGUGGAAGUAAAAGUCGCCAGAGACGACAGGCUCUGCAUGUAUUCAAACGUUCACUCGACGAACUUGCCAGGAAAAACCCCGACUUCGAAGUCACAUGGAAGCUUGUAAACUCAAGGCAAACCUCCUCUGUGUCGUCGUUGAUGUCAAGCGUUCUACAUGCACAGGAGCAACAACUACUUCAGAAAUGUUCUGGAGAUGUGAAAAUAUGUCUUUCUGGUAUUGUCGGAGAUCUCGGAACGAAAGGGGACAAAGGUACCAAGGGACUCCAUGGAGCGAAAGGUUCCGAGGGACCUCAAGGUUGGAAAGGAGAAACCGGAAACAGUGGGCCGAAGGGACUAACUGGUCCCUCUGGGGCUCAGGGUCCAGCAGGUGGAAUAGGUGACGCAGGUGACCAAGGAGAAAAGGGAUCAAAAGGUUUAAAGGGGAAUCCAGGUCGGAAAGGGGAGCCGGGAGCUGACGGCGGACAAGGGCCUGCGGGUUUGAAAGGAGAGACAGGAGACUCGGGACCCCAGGGAGUUGCUGCGGUUUACACUGGACCAGUAUGUGACUGUAUAGAUAAACCGUACCUAUCUUCGUCACCUAGCGUCAUUUCCGGUGACAUCGGAGCAAGCCUAAAUCUCUCUUGUCUAGCAGACGGAAGUCCACCUUCCACUGUCACAUGGUACAAGAUCAGUGAGCCCGGAUGUAAAUUUAACGGUACUUCCGGUAACGUGCUUUCGAUAGCAAAUCUUGAGCCGUCUGACCUCGGACGGUAUGUUUGUGUUGCCUCAAACAGCCAUGGUAACGCAUCAAAAAUCAUUGACGUUACAACAACAGAUUCACUGAACGUGUUAGAUUGCAACUUUGAGAAUCAGACUUUUUGCCAUUGGACACAGUCAGGUGCAAAUAAGAUGAACAUGUUGAUCCAAAGUGGAAAUACUAACACUCCACUAUCUGGCCUAACUGUUGACCAUACGCUCGGUACAGUUUCGGGCCGGUAUUUAUAUUUUGACACAUCCCUGACCUCAGCCAAUCAGAGCUCUCGUAUCGAGUCUAUGACCGUACCAGCCAAUCAGGACCAUUGCUUUACAGCUUGGUACAACAUGUACGGCAGGGACAUAGGAAGUCUCCAAAUCUACAAAAAGAACUGUGAUAAUAAUGUAGAACAGCUUUUGUGGAAUAAGGCCGGAAAUCAAGGGAAAGGCUGGCACAAAGUCUCAUUUUCACUUCCGGCGGAACCCGGAAAUGGUAUCAAGCUCGUCAUACAGGCGACUGCUGGGGUCGGUAUCCAGGGGGACAUCGCUAUAGACGAUCUGUCACUAACAGACGGCCCUUGUGCUAUCCCACUUCCUGUUAUUGUCGGACCUCCAAGCGUCUCGAUAACAACGACGGUUGGGUCAGACGAACUCUUGAAGUGUAACGCCACCGGUGCUCCGAGUCCAACUGUUGCGUGGACCAAACCAACUUCCUGUCGCCCUUUUACACAGGCCGGGACCUCACAUUCCAUAAGUCAUACUACAUUUGCUGACGGAGGAAAAUAUACUUGUACAGCGACCAACACAGCGGGGAAUACCACGAAGGAGAUCAUACUAAAAAUAAACGGAAGUCUGAACUGUGACUUUGAACAACAUGACCUUUGUGGCUGGACAUCUGAAACAGCAAACCAUCCGGAUACCUGGCUCUUCCACUCCGGAAACACAGCCUCCAGUCACACGGGACCGAACAACGAUCAUACGACGGGCUCGAGUCGUGGUGUUUACCUAUACAUGGAAGCAUCUGGCAGAUCCCCGAACGAUACAGUGGUGAUGGUGUCACCAAAUCUCCCGGCUUUGAAUGAUGUCUGUCUCAAAUUUUGGUACAACAUGAAUGGUCAGGAAAUUAACAGCCUAAACGUAUAUACCAAGGACUGUCACGGUGUAAAAAAGACAGUUCUCUCGUACGUCGGUGACAAGGGCGAGGCAUGGCAAGAGAGUUGUACCAAAGUACACCCCUCAGAAUUAUGAGUACAACUUAGUCAUAGAGGGCGUUGUAGGCUCCGGUUACCUAGGAGAUAUCGCUAUCGACGAUCUAGAGAUAUCAACAGAAGACAGUUGUGCUUGUCGCGCUGUCGACGAUCCUUGCGACUUUGAAAAGGAUACUUGUUCCUGGGUACAAGACAAAGCCGACAAUUUUGAUUGGGCGCUUCACCGUGGCUCUACAACGUCACUCGAUACAGGGCCGAGCGGGGACCACACGACAGGAAAUGGGAAUUAUCUAUUUGUUGAGGCGUCCAGUCCCCAAAGAAGUGGACAUCAAGCCAAGCUAGUGUCGCCUGUCCUCAACCCAGGUCAGUCGUACUGUCUGGACUUCUGGUAUCACAUGUACGGCGCCAACAUGGGAACCCUGACUAUCUUCACACAGAAAACGGAUAACCAUGCAAAAUUACACAGCCUGGAUUUGCAGUAUGGUGAUCAGGGAAAUACUUGGAAACACAGACGGUUGACCAUUCCCGCGGAACAGUUUCCUUUUGAAGUAGUUUUUGACGGAACUGUUGGAACCGACUAUACAAGUGACAUGGCUCUGGAUGACGUGAAAUUGUCAAGCGGCUCGUGCUAAUAAAGAAUUGUGUACAGUA